AUUGAAUAAUUUCACUUGUUUCAGGUAUUCCAAGAGCAAAUCGAAGUCCCACGAUAGUUUUAGAUGAAUUGAUAAACUAUGCUGAACGGGAACAAAGCGAAGAAGAUGCUUCAACUGCGGCGCAACAACCUUUUGAACAGCCAGAUGAUGGUCAGAAUGGUCUUGGGCAGCUUCAAGCGCUGGGUCCUAUGAUUUCGAAUAUUGUUCAAGACCUUGAGUCAUCUCUUGACGAUGUUAGAAAUAUCAGGGCUAAUAAUAUAUCGGGAUCACGACCCGGUAUGCUGAGCAGUUUUUCACAGAGGAUGGAUAAUAUAAUGGCCAAUUCGGAAAACAUGUUAAGGAAUAUGAGAAGUUUUGACCGUUUACCCAGUGGGCCCACCGAAAGCGCUAGAUCUACAACAGAAAAUGAACCACGUUGGAAUUUCAAUGAUCCGGGAUUUUAUGUCCGAGAUCUUCGAACUGAAGCCUCAAACAAUAUGGAGACUGAAGGUACCACUAGUCCAGGGAAUAUGCAGGAUAUGUUUGGAUAUAUGCACGCAGUAACCACAGACCAUACAUAUCCUCGCAAUCCAAAUAGAACCGGUGCUAUUGACAGAGUGCCGCCCCUUUUUAAUUCAUUACAAUUUACUGUCUCCUACAUAAAUUCGCAAUCCAGGCUUUUAAGGCGCAGGGUGGAGAGCAUUGAAAGAAUCGACCGWGCCAUGGUAGAAGUAGGUCAACUACAACUUAUGAGAAACUUGGUAGCAGAAAUGGUAAGACAUAUUCGGUCUUCAGCGGUAGAAAGUCGAAGCGCAGGUGUAUCUAGUGUUCGGCAAAUGAUGGCAGGUACAAGAAUUAGUGAUACAAGUCCAACUGAAUCUCCAAAUGAAGAUGGGGGAAAUAUGGGCAACCAGACCAGACCACAACCCGAAGUAGAAAAUCCUCAACCUGGUCCAAGCUCAAGUACUGAUCAACCAGGCCCUACUGCAGGCACUAGUACAGGAACUUCGCGUCGCAGUAUGAAUAGAAAAACUUAUCCACCUUCCAGAUAUGUGAGAUUACCCAGAAGUAGUCCUAGACGGUCAUUAGUUAAUUGGUUUGCCAGAUAUGCCCCAUCUCGGGGAGAACGCGGUAAUAGACAAAGUAGAAGUGGGUCAGCUCGUCCGCCUCCAGUACCUACUUCUAACAUAGGAUCACAUAAUGUAUUCAACUACACAACUAUCAGUCCUUCCACGUUAACCCUAAUGACAAGACGGCUAGAGCGGUUGUUGACCGAACAGAUGAGAGUAUUGACCAGGACGCAAGACCCUCCUAGUUCGCCUUCUUGUCAGUCGAAUGUAACUGUAGACUUAGGCGAACAUAUCUUAGCAUUAAGACUACACGGCUGCUUUAUGCGCAUGCACCGAGUACUGGGCAGUAACAUGAACCCUAGUCUGCUUCGAUGCUUAACAUCAGAUCGGCGUGGAGCUGCUGUCACUCAGGAUGGUGCUGUCAGAUAUUCGGUUCGUCACACAUUAAGUCUCAUUGUGGAUGGGAUGAGUCGUUACAUUGAAGAAUUAGGUAAUGGUACAAUAUCGAACAGCAUGCGACUUCAGAUACAUGCUGUUCUGGCUAUGUCAGUCCUCUUGGCGGAAGUAGUGCUGCUGCAAGUUGUUGACUCAAUUCCGGCCUUUCCUGGCACCAAUAUGAACGCCAUGCAAAGCGCAUUGACAGGUACUGCUGACGGCACCUACCUCCGAUUGUUCAACAACAGAGUAAGACAAUCAUUUUUUUAUUUCAUUUAUAAAUAAUG